AUGUCCCUCUUCUUGCGAGAUGAAGCUUCCUCCACGGGCGCAGACGGAUGCGUCGAAUGCCCUUCCUCGAUCGACCCUUGUCCCUCGUGUCCAGCAGGACAGGUUUGUCACCAAAUAUCUCGAACAUGCGACCAGUGCCCCAAAAAUGUCUGCGUAGAAAACACUGGCAGGUCUUCUGGCGGCGGAACGCCCGUAGGUGGCAUUGUGGGCGGAGUUGUUGGAGGUCUCGUUGUGCUUGCGCUCCUAAUAGGUGGAUUAUGGUACUACAAGCGAGUUUACAAGAAAAAGCACCCGAUGUUGGAAGACGACUUGGCUAUGGACGACUACAAAACGGAUCUUGAGGAUUCGGACACCCGUUCGCCUCGGAACACCUUGUCCAGUGGAGAAAUGGAGGGCGUUGCCGGCGCAGGGGGUGGGAACCGACCCGGUCCUCGCCCACAGGCUCGUCGGACAGACUCCAACAACUCAUUGAAGAAGAAUCACCGCAUCUCGUCGUACGAGUCGUUCAUGCGCCCUCAGGCCCGCUACACCCGUAGAGGUGGUGCUCAUCUGGCCAAAGGCGGGCGUGGGGGUCGGUCCCAAGCUCAAUUGCGGAAAAUGUCCCCGUAUGGCGAUAACGACUCCUCAAAACGUAAUUCUAUUGCUACGACGAUCUCCACGACCAACGCUUCUAACAUUUUGCCUGUGGCCUACAUCCCUGGUGUCACCGUGAGGCCCACAAAGAACAACACUCGCUCGUUAUACUCAUAUGAGUCGGAUUCGAUCUUUUCUGAUAUAAAUACGAUUGAAAAUGCCUCGAUUGUUGCAGAGAAAAACGGCCAGCUGAAGCCUUCGACGAUGACAGCCAUUCGAGCACAACCUAAACUUGUCAAUGUGGCCAGAAUAGACGAAGGGGACGAAGAAGAGGACGACGAGAUGGAGGAAAUUCAUGACAACAACGACACAACGUGGAAUUCGCAAACGAAAGAUUCCAUUGUUACCACAACGCAUGCUCUUGACGACCUGACCCACACGCUAGAUCACCACAGCGAUACGGACGCCGACUCUGAUGUGGACUCAGAUAUCGGGGAAAUUAACCGUGCGACAAGCGUAAGGCGACCACACGGGGAGGUGAUAGCUCCGCCGCAGAUACUUAUCGACGGAGAGGACGACCAUGAUGAUCUGAGCGCUGGUUCCUUCAUCUUGGACAUUGGCAAGGGGCCUUCGCAGACGUGA